CAAUCCUCCGGGCUCCAGGCGCUCUGAACGCUUCGCUUGUCUCGUGCUCGGAACCGCAUAAUGACGCGGAAUUUCUACUCACCCGUAUUUUCCCACGUUGACAGGCAGAAAGAGAAGUCUCCGUGCCAUCUGGUGGAGCUCCGCUGAUAAGCCAACCGGCGAUGCGAGCUUUCGAUUCCGCGGGUAUGUCUUGUCGACAUCCUUGCCAUUCUUGAGCUGAGAGCAUCGUCAGCUGGUUCUCUGAAUUUUCCCAACAUGUCAGCACAGUUGUACUCGGGGUUCGCUUUCUAUGACGCUAGGCAGAUCAAUGUGCAUGAGCUUUGACAAAGCGAAUGGUGACAGGAAUGCGAAGCUUACAGCACCCUGUCAAGCCAAUUCAUCACGCAAAGCCCGGGUCGAGGUAUGUUCCACCGUGCGCUGCAUGUUUUUCCCCGUCGCUGGCACUCGAUGACGCACAGCGGCGACAACCCAUUUUCCGAGACUCCUAUGACACACAGUUGUGACGGCCCAGUGUCCGGUAAUUCCAGUUUAAAAGGGUGAGCUGCGAGUCCGUCUUUUUCCUCACCAGCCGCCUUCAAGCAGCCUCU